AGAAUAUUACAUUCAUAUAAUUAUUGAAAAUCAUUAUAACAUUUUAUUUAUUUAAAAAAAUGGUUUUAAUUUACUUUUUUGCUUCUGCUUUAGGUCUGAGUAGAAAUCUGUGUGUCUCUGGAUGCUCAAUAGGUGGCGCUCCGUCACAUCAGGCUACCUGUAUUAAACUCGACGAAGAAGCCGCUGCUCGCGUCGCUUGUGGAUGGCGUCACUGCAUUUCACGUGUGGUGGCUCGCUUUCUGCCACAACAUUUUGCUUGUUUGUAACCUGAAAUAAUUCUUUCUUUUGAUAUCGACGCACAUUCAGGGGAAACAUGGCCUCCAGCUGUCGACGACCCGAGCACUCAGCUCCUCCAGAUGUGUUUUACAACGAAGAGGAGGCAAAGAAAUAUUCUCAGAACUCUCGAAUGAUUGAGAUCCAAACUCAAAUGUCAGAGAGAGCUGUGGAGCUUUUAAACCUGCCGGAGGGACAGCCCUGCUAUCUACUCGAUGUCGGGUGCGGCUCUGGUCUCAGUGGAGACUAUCUGUCAGAGGAAGGACACUACUGGGUUGGAGUCGACAUCAGCAGUGCAAUGCUGGAUGUUGCCCUGGACAGAGAAGUAGAAGGAGACCUUUUAUUGGGGGACAUGGGUCAUGGGAUGCCUUUCCGGCCCGGUACCUUUGACGGUUGCAUCAGUAUCUCUGCCCUGCAGUGGCUCUGUAAUGCAGACAAAAGGUCACAUAGCCCUCCAAAGAGACUCCAUAGCUUCUUUAGUACUCUGUACUCGUCUCUGUCAAGAGGCGCACGAGCAGUUUUUCAGCUUUAUCCCGAGAAUUCAGAACAGCUGGAGCUGAUCACAACACAGGCCAUGAGGGCGGGUUUCAGUGGAGGCAUGGUGGUGGAUUACCCCAACAGCAGCAAGGCCAAAAAGUUCUUCUUGUGUCUGUUUGCUGGAGUAGCAGGAGUCCUUCCCAAAGGAUUGGGGUCAGAAACGUCAGACAGAACUGUUCCAAACCAGAUUCAGUAUUCAGGACAAAGAUGCCGCUUCAAAAACAUGAAAGGAAAAUCACUGAAGAAGGGACGAGAUUGGAUCUUGGAGAAGAAGGAGAGAAGGAGAAGACAGGGACGGGAGGUUCGAGCGGACACAAAAUACACCGGACGUCAGCGAAGACCUCAUUUCUAGCUCUGACUCAUGCAGCUGUGCCUUCAUUAGCCCUCGUCUGGAACGCCCCGCACACAGUCACCUGUGGAGAGGCUGAGCGAUUGGACUCGGUUAAUUUAUCAACUCUUGAAUUUGAGUGGAUGCCAUGCAAGUGUGAAAUGCCAUUACAGCCAAUAGUUUUUGUAUUUUGGCGAGCGUUCCGCAAUUUGUUUCUCACAAAUGGCAGUGUGAUUGCUGCAUGUUCAGUUUGACUGGAAGCACACGAAUAAAUGUGCCUGCUGGUGGCAAAAAAACACAGUGAAGACAGGGCAGCGACGUGGAGAAUUGUUAAAUCUACCAUCCCUGAUCAGCUGUUUAUUGUAUUGUCUCCAAUAGUUUCUCAAUUAAAGCUAAACAAAAUAA